CUCCGACAGCUUCGGCGGCUGCACUUCGUUGCAGCAGACGCCGUGCAGGCCUCGCAGCUGAGCAGCUCCGGGGACGUCGUUCGGUCGUACGACCUGGUGUCUAUAACCCCCAAGACAGAGCGCCUUAACCACCCUGCAUGCACUUCCCUGGAAGUGGACCUCAUCUGUCUGGAGCUUUGGCAGCGGAUGACCAUCAAGCUACGUGCCCCGGCCAUCAAGGCGGCCUUGCGGAGGGGCAUAUACUUCGAGAUAUGCUACGCUCCAGGCCUCCGAGAGCCCACCGCGCGCCGCAACCUCUUCUGUAACGCCCAGGCCUUGGUGCGCGUGACACGGGGCAAGCACAUCCUGCUCAGCAGCUCAGCACGCUCCGCCUUCGAGGUGCGGUCUCCCCUGGAGCUGGUGCACAUGGCGACUCUCUUCGGACUCACAAGCAAACAGGCCCAGGUGCGGGUGAAGAGAGCUACAUGCCGGUCCACAACACGAGAGCUAAGGGGCCUGGGGGAGUGA